GUGCAAAUAUCCUGCCUUGUUGGUAGUAAUUCCACUCUCCUAUGUGUGAUUGGGAUAGUGAACACUUUAAAAGUAACUGUGAAUAAUCAGCUCCAGUGGUGCAGAUGGUAAAGCAAGUGUCGUUGGUUUUUUGCAACCUUACUUCUGUAACUGAUCUACCCAAGGACAAGGCGACACUGAAAAUCCUGUUCAGCCCCUCUGAUAAAUUUUCAGACUCAAGUUUGGAUAUUGCAGUAUUGCCUGUAUCACAAUCUCCAUCAACAUCGACUCAAAUCAGCAGCUGUAUCUCAGAGAUAAAACAGAGUCGUUCACAUCCAUGGCCUGCUGUCUUUACUAUCCCCAACUUCUCAUAUGAUGUUGAGCUGAGACUAAAGCAUGGUAACGAGGCUUACAGUACAGAUGGAACUCUUCUGACAAUGUCUCGAGACAUGCAGACAGAAAUACUGGAUAAACUUGCUGAAGCAGUGUUCGCUUACAAAGCUUACCCAGACAAAGAGGAAAUCAAAAGUGUGGCUGUUGCACUCGUUGAAAAACACCCUUGUCUGAAAGAAAGGGGAUCUGCAGCUGGGUGGUAUGGUUGGAAAUUAAGUUUGACAUGGAAGAUGGGAAACUACAGGUCAAAACUAAGAGAUGCAGGUUGUAAAGAACUCAAAGUGAAUUCUGCAAAGAGAGGUCUAGAGGGACUCCAAGGACAGCGAAACAAAGUGAAGAAGCCAAAAAGGUCUGAGACAAACUUUCUCCCAGAUCACCCUUCAGGAAAAGACCAGAAAACACUGGAACACGAAAGGGAACUGAUGUGCCAGGAGAUGAAGAAGAGGAAUCCAGACAUGAGUUUUGUGAAUACAGCCAUGAGCAGCACAUAUUCUCUCUGGAGACAGGAAAUAGUUGAAAAUGAACCUCCAGUAUAUGAAAUGAAAAAGAGGUGGCCAGCUAUUUUUUGUGAGAGACAGAUCAGUGCAGAAUUCAACAGACUAAUGUCGCUGGACCUGAGCAAGUCCUUUUAUGAGGGUCUCGACCGAAAUCUACCAAAACUGCUGUGCCUGUACCGUUCAAAGCGCUGUGCUGGGAUUGCAGAAAUGAGGACCAUAAUGGACAGCCUAGAUAAAAAUGCAUCAAACCAACGAAAGAGGGUUGCAGUACUGCAGGGUCUGCCAUGGUUCAUGCAUGAGAAUCCAUCGCAAUUCAUAAAGAUCUGUGAGCACACAGGUUCCGAAGAAGUGAUCGGGGGCAUGACUCUAGGAAUCAUCACAGUGGUGGAAGAUGUGACAGACCCCAUUCCAUGCGACUCUGAUGUGGCCCUUGUUAUAGAGGAAGCAGUUGUUCUGCGAGGACUUGGUGACAUACCAAAUGCGUAUGUGAACAUGAUGGGAUUGCUUUAUGCUCUUAACAUAAACUACCCAAAAAACCUCAAAUACACUUUUGAGGUAAUUCAGCGGCUGCUGAUGAACACUGGAGCGGAAUACUUGCAGUGCAAGAGUGCACUCCCUUAAAAAUACAUUGUUAAGUUAAAGAUGUUGUUGAGGUAAGGUGUUGUGUAUUACUAUCAAAGGCCUGUGUUUUUUGAAUAUUUUACAGUUUUUCUUUGUUCUCUGUUCUCUGCAUCGAUGGCCUGACAUCUAUUUUAAACAAGAUUUCAUGUUUUAAAGUUAUUUCAGAAUUAAAGGGGUGUUAUUAAUGUGAAAAGUCUUAGUGUUAGUUUACCCAAAAUGACAAUUCUUUUGUUAGAUAAUCAACCUCAUGUUGCUCUAAACAGUCUUUUGAACACACAUCAAGUUAUUUUUAAUGAAAUUUGUGAGCUUUCUGUCCCUCCUUUGACAGCCUACACAACUAUCACUUUCAAGGUCCAGAAAGGAAGUAAAAGACAUUCUUAAAGUAAUCCAAGUGACUACAGUGGUUUAUAUAUUUGUUUGCAUGCAACCGUAUGUGCUUUUGCAUUCAAACAAGAAGUAGGGCUGGGCGAUAUAUCUAACGAUAUGA